GCUUCGCGGGACUUCCUCAUGGCGCAGCUGGACUUGAAGCUCGCAACGCUCAGGACAGAGGUCAUCGCGGAGUCCGGCGCGCUGCUCGAGGGCCCCAUCGGCGCCGCGGUUGUUCAGCAGCAAAGAAUGAACAAACAGUUCACGGGGCAAAUCCAAGCCUCGACGCCUCCACUUCGAAGCUCGAAUCCGAUCGCGCAGAGCUCCGCGCCCAAGUUCAGGAAAUGCGACAGCGGCUCUACACGCAGGAAGCCGAGAUCCCCUACCGAGGACUACGCGAGCCUCAUCGAGUGGGACAGGCCUGCGGACGCCAGCAUUGUCGUCGGCACGGCUACAGAUAUUUUCACCGCUGAACACUUCAAGCUCAGCAUCCAGCCAAUCACUGACAAGUGCGAGUUCGUCGACGGCGCUUGGGAGGUCGUCGGAAACAGUCCUCCUCGGCGCUUCGUCAUCCAGUUCAGUGGCGACGCCUCUGCUCGCAAGGUCCGCUCUUUCUACGGCGCGCGCAAGGGCCCCGAGGGGGCCUGGCUCAACACCGAGGUCCUCAGCGUCCACGGCAACGCCACCAGGCUCUUCCUCGGUCUGGACCGUUCGGGCAAGACCGCGCGCGGGGAGGUCCAGUCGAAAAAGGAUGACGCCACGCGCCUCCUUUUCAAGUGCGACGGCCGUCUUGUCCACGGGGCCAAUCGCGAGGACAUCCGCGAGCAGUUCGAACAAGUCUUUCAUGCAUCCUUGGAGGCGAAGAACGUCCAGUGGCGGACUGAACAAGACCUUGGCUCCCUGGCGCGGGCGAAGUCUGCUGGCGCAAUCUCUGUCACCAAAUGGCGCGCCCGAGCCCUCCUCUGCCAAGAUCCGAUCAAGCGCGAGCAGAAGGUCGCUCACAUGCUGCGCGCGCUCAACUCGUCGGCGGAGCUGGCCUGGCAAGACGUCCAGGGUUCGGAGGCGGAGCUCGCCCGCGAGAUACACUCGGGUCUACACAUUAAAUCAGCGCAGUCACCCAAUGCUGAUGGCGAGCUCCCGAACACGCUUGUGAUUCGCAACGCGCGCAGAUUCGAGCUGUCGGAGGACCAGGUGCGCCGCGCGGUGGGCCCUAUCCGCGCCGAGCUCAGCAUCGCGGAGCAGCGGCCCGAGCGCGCCGCGGCCCUUGUCACGGGCGAUUUUAAUUUCAUGGACGAUGCCCCGCUGGAGCUGACUGCGCCGCCGGUCAACCAAAGACGCCCUAGGCGCCGCAACCACCAUCCUGAACGCAAGCGUCUUUGGGGGCAAGCUCUGGACACGACGGUAGAGGUCGACCCAGCGGCCCCAACGCGCUACGCUGAGCACUCGCAGCAGCGCGCACGCAUCGGACAAAUAUACACCAGCUCGCCCACCUGGGUGCUCAUCCAGUGGCACGCGAAG